AUGGACUACAAGUACUCCGAGGUUGUCGACAAAGCCCUAUACGAGGAUCACGGCCUCUCGCACGGGAUCCCGCUCCGCAUCCACAGGGACCCAGACAAGGAGAUCAAUGGGGCCCUGCGCGCCCAGGCGGACUGGAGCCGCGACGUGAGGCCCGUGACGGGCUACCUGGGUGGUCUCGGGGUGCCGUACAGCUUCAUUCGCGUGACGGUGCCGGAGUGCUUGCCAGAUAGAUUGGAAGUCAUCAGCUAUGCGAAUGAGUUUGCGUUCUUGUAUGAUGAUGAGAUGGAGAACCUGGAUCUGAAAAGCUUCAGAGAAGGCCGCGACCAAAUGCUCGACGCCUUCGGCAACGACGCUCUGAACCGCAAAGUCGACGCGGGCUCGCGGCCGGAGAAGAAGCUACAGGCGCAGGUGUUUGGCGAGAUGCUUGCGAUAGACCCAGUGCGGGGCGUGACGUCGAUGAAGGCGUGGGCCACAUUCGUGCAGCUGGCGUCGCGCACGCGGUCGACACCGUUUGAGACGCUGGCCGAGUAUCUGCCGAGUCGGAUCAUUGAUGCAGGCGAAUUAAUCUGGUUUGGCACCCUAACUUUCGGACUGGCCCUCACGAUCCCAGACACCGAGCUCUCGAUGUGCAUGUCACUGGCACGACCCGGCUAUGCAGCCAUCAGCCUGACCAACGACCUGUACUCGUGGAAGAAGGAGCGCAAGGAUGCGGAGAAGGCCGGGCUCGACUACGUGUUCAACGCGAUCUGGGUGAUCAUGAAGGAGCGGGGCGUGGGCGAGGAGGAGGCGAUGGAGGUGUGCAAGGAAGAGAUCAAGAAGUACAUCGCAGAGUACGAUGAGAUUGUUAAGAAAACGGGGAGGGAUCUGAGUGUUUCGAGGGACACGAGGGCGUACUUGGAGGCGAUACUAGCAAAGAGCCCAAAUCGCUAA